AUGCCAGAAGAACUCUCUGCCUUUUCGACUUCGAUCCUAAUGCAGCUGGGCCAAAAUCUUGUGCCUGCGACCAUGUUGUUACUGGCGAUCAUUGCCAUACUGGCAUCGUUAGGCUUCGCUUUUGUGCUGGUAGCAUUCUUGAAGCAAAAGAGAACUAGCGGCCAUGUUGCUGUUAAACCUCGCUAUCAGCCAUUUUCUCCUGCGCGUUGUGGGAUAGCUAAGAAAGAGGACAGGUAUGUCCUAGCCUGGGAACAUACUCAACCGCUCACUUACUGGCUCUUCUCUUCAUCAAAGUCUGAGCCAACGAUGACAUCGCCGCCUGAGUUAACGUCUUCAAUCGGCUUACGGUCGUCGAUCGUCGUGUCCUACAGCUUCCGUUCUGGUGGUACGGUACCGCAGACGCGUCUCUACCAUCAUAUCCCUUCCACUCUUCUGCGAGCCCCGGACGUGACUCUGGACUGGGAUCAGUGUGAUAUUUGCUGUUUAUGGUGUUCAUCAGACAGGGCAUGCGUCGCAAGGCAGCUAGAUACAAGAUGCUGGAUUUGGACUCAGGCUUCAAAAAACGAUCUGGAAUGGCCAUUCUGGGCUAUCACUACGAUAGACAGACGCUUUCGAGACUGA